AUAUUUUUGAUGACUCCGCUGUCAGUAUUUACCGUAGGUGGAAAGCGCGCAUGUCCUACAAUAUUCGGCCAUAUUGUUAUGACGCAUACAAGAUCAUAGGUCUCCGCCAGUGACGAGUCUUCUCGCAGUUGACGUGGCUACUACGUACCAUCCCGUUCGCCCACUCCGGACGCAGCAUAGACGGUGACGAGGAAUACGUAACUGGUGGCCUUAGUUGGCAUGGAGGGAAUGGUGGAGGAGAACGGAACUUCUGGCGGCGCUGGUGGAGCAGACCCGCUGGCGAGUGGAGCGGGCGCGGGGCCCGCGCCGCACGUCGUUGCCGUCACCACCAUGCAGGCGCCCGCACAGGUGCAAUCGGUGAUACAACCAAACCAACAAUCCGUGAUUCAGACAGCUUCUAAUAUUCAAUCUGUGCAGAUACCAAAAGGAAAUGUUAUUCUUGUCAGCAAACCAAGCUCAGUUAUCCACACGACACAGGGAACUCUGCAAACAUUGCAGAUUAAACCUGAGCCAAAUACAAUACUGAGCUCCCAGGGACAAUCCUGCAGUGAUGACAGCUGUAGUGAUGAUGACAGUCCAAAAAGAAAGUAUCGGGAAAUGCUGACUCGGCGGCCAUCAUACCGGAAAAUAUUGAAUGAUCUAGGUGGAGCAGAGAUAGCUGACAAUCGCAUGGGGUGUAGAGCAGGAUGCGAGAAUGAAGUGUCGCUGUCAUCCCCUUUAUCAUUUGCCGGGUCAGUGAUCCCGGCGGGCGCGCUGCAGACGGACGGCGGGCUGCACACGCUGGCGGUGUCGGGUGGCGCGGGCGGCGGCGCCAUCGUCCAGUACGCCACCACCAACCAGGACGGACAGUUCUACGUGCCGGGUCCUAUUCUAGAAGACCAGACUCGCAAGCGGGAACUCCGGUUACUGAAGAACCGCGAGGCCGCCAGGGAGUGCCGGCGCAAGAAGAAGGAGUACAUCAAAUGUCUGGAGAACCGAGUCGCUGUACUCGAAAACCAAAACAAGGCUCUAAUAGAAGAGUUAAAGUCACUAAAAGAACUGUACUGUCAGCAAAAAACAGAAUGAGGCCCAGCUGGCUAACCGGUGUGCCGCUGCCUGCUGUGAGAGCCUCGAGGAGGCACACGAGUCGGUGCUGCGCUGCAUUUGGAGAGUUGCUACACUUGUGUCGAGGGCGCCGCGCUCGGCGCGCGCCCGUCCGACUUUUGUCCAGACUUCGUGACGAGGAAUAGGAUUCAUUGUAAUAUACUUAAAUAAAAACAUGUCGAACUGUUCAUUGUGAAUUACGUGUAAGAUCUUGGCUUAAUUCGAAGUAUUGUUAGUGAUAAAUGUUGGUUUUGUUAGCGUCUGUUUUAUAAUUUACUGUUGGUUGUUUUUAAAGGAAGUCAUAUGUUUUAACAGUAAAUGUUAUUAUAAUUUUAUUAACUAUGUCAUUAUUACUCCUGGAUGAUGUGGUAAUGGUAACUUUUACUUGAAACGAUACUUUAAAUUUGUAUCAUUCCAAGAAUGAUUAAAUCUGUUUUAAUUUUAAAUUAUUUGAAGUUUCUUGGUCAAAGUCGACUUGUGUGCCAUUUUCUAAGUCGGGUGUUAGUUUAAAGACCAUAUUAUUUUCAAAUAUUUCCUGACAUAAUAUUCAAAUAUUGAUUGCUGGACAGUAUACAAGUUACAAACAUAAUCUUACUGGAAAUGACAGAAGGUGGGAGUUUUUAUUAACAUCCUCUUGCAUGGAACAAUGGUGUUAUUUUAUGUUAGGUCACUAAUCUUGUUGGUAUUUAUCUAUUUACUGAUUUGAGAAGUAUGUUUGUAUAAAAAGCAUAGCCUUACCAUCUAGUUUUUAUUGAAUAUGGUUUUACACACUUGCCUAUUGUUGUUAUUAUUAAAUGUUCUUAUUUACAAACAUUCAAUAGAUUAUAAUCAAAUAAUAGCUUACUAAAAAAGGGUAAGCUUUGAAUUAAGUGACAUAAAAUAGCGAGCUACGUCCAUACUCUCAUAUAUAUGGGAAUAAGUACAUAGUAACGGCUAUUGCUUUUGUCUCAAGUAAAUAACGAAUAAAAAAAAAGCGUCGUCGAGUCGAGUUGAAUGUUCAGGAGGAAGUAUAGUUUGAUGUAUUUAUUAGAUUCUAUUCUACUGACAAGAGAGGUCCUCUUUUCCGCCAAGCGACGUGUUUGUAAUGGUCAAGCCAAAGCUUAUGUUUAGUUUUUUGUGCAAUAGCCAUAUUGCAAUGUACAGUUACAUCUACUGUUUCUACUACUAAACGAAUAAAAUAUAAUGAAAUGGAAAAUAAAAAUAUGUACAUUGUGUAUAGAUAAUGUAAGAUUUGUAAAGAUUGUAUAAAAGUUUAAUUCAUUUUAAUAAGGUUUAUGUUAUAAGUGGAUACGGAGAAUCUGUUAACAUGGUUCACAUUUUUGUUGAAAUUAAUUUGAAUCAUUACGAAAUACCUAUUCAUCAGUGAAACUCACUGAUGAGUAGUCAGUGAGUUUCACCCUUUCACGUAAAUAGCAAUUAGAUGUAGCUGUAUUAGAAGAAAUACGGAUCUACCUAAUCUAUUGACUUAAUGUUAUGGUUUUGUCUCUUAAGCAGAUUCUAUUUAUUUAUUAAAGAAUAAAACAUAUUUUAACUGGCACUGCGAUGAAAUUUUAAUAAAGCUAUAAGUAUGCGGUAAUGGAACGAGCCAGUCAGUUGUCCAGCAUGCUCUUACGCAUGAUACUCACAUAUAAGUAUCUGGGCUUGUUAACGUUACCAAAUUCACAUUUUAAGUAACGUUAGGAAACGGUAAUAUCAUAAAAAUACCUAAAUACCGGUAGUAAAUUGUAACGUUACUUGAUAAUUGAUAACAUAACGUUAUUAUAACUUUACCUAUAUUCUGUUUUUUAAUUCCGUAGACUAAAAUGACAUUUCAUGUGGUACUAAGAAAUGUCAUCUCAUACACAUGAAACGUCAUUUUAGUCUACGGAAUCAAAAAACAGACCUUAGUUAACGUUACUUUCAUCCGUAAUUUCACUUUUUAUUGCAGGGCUUGUUAACGUUACCUAAUUCACAUUAUAAUUAACGUUACCAAAACAACACUACAAGUAAUUCAAAUAAAUAAGCUAUUAAACUGUAGUCCACUUACCCAUUUUUAAUAGCUCGGUUUAAUUCCUCACUCGGGGAAUGAACAUUCGCUCAAUUACUGAUGGCAUCUAUCAGUUAAUCAAACGAUAAAAUAAGCUGCUAUUAACGUUACCUAAUAACGUUAAAAAUUAUUUAACGAUACCUUUGACUUAACGUUAGCGCAAUGCACAGCUGGUAACAUUGCCAUUUUUUUACCGGUAAAGAGUAGUUAGUAUAAGUAACGGUACGUAGUUUAACGUUAAAACUUAACGUUAAAUCUGUCUCCCAGUGGUAACGAUACUAUCUUGUAACGGUAUUUCAAGCCCUGAUAAGUACAUGCCACAAGUUUUACGAUGGUGUUCCACCUAUUCAAUCUCUGUCCAAGGGGGCGUUCAAAUAUUACGUAACGCAAUUUUGGGGUGGGGUCUUGUAAAACGUUACGAUGCGCUCGGGGGGGGGGUGUUAGAACAAGACGUUACGUAACAAUGUUUUUUUUAUUAAAUAAAAUACAUACAUACAUAUAGUCACGCCUAUUUCCCGGAGGGGUAGGCAGAGACCACGCAUUUCCACUCGCUACGAUCCUGAUAUAAUCGUAACUACCUCUUUCUCUUCCUUCACUUUCAUAGCAUUCCAUUCCUCAUACACGCUCACUCUGUUCUUCAAUUUUAUGAUUAUACUUUGCUGAACAUAAUUGUGACUUUUAGGUAAAAAUGGUUACUUGGAUGUUACGUAACUUUUAGAUAGGGUGAGGGGGGGUCAAAAAUUUUCGAAAAUUGCGUUACGUAAUAUUUGAAACCCCCCCCCCCCCCCCCCCCCUGAAUGUGCAUUGUGUCUCACUCUCUUUAAGCAAAACACAUUGUAAUACAGGUGGAAUACCACCCUAACUCGAGAGAAAAUGUCAAUUACAUUUGGUUUCUGGAGCCUAAUCAUAUUCUGAUGAGAUGUAUAUUUUACAUUUACCUACUAAUUACCUUACAUGUAUCAUGUAUUUUUAUAUUUAAAGAUUGUUUUAACAAGUAAAAUUGAAAUAAACCUUUUGUUCCCCGCCAUGAUUGAGGUAAAUACACGAUCACGCUUCUUUUGUGAAAAAGGUAAGAUAUAUUAUUACGAUGUAAUCCUAUUUUUUUAUUUUAAAUAGAUUCUUAUUAAGAUUUUAAAUCUGUUACUUAAAUGUUACAUAAUCGAUCAUGGCAAGUGAUCAUAAGUUUAUUAGACAUUGUGGAAAGUGCCUUUGAAAUUAGAAUGAAUAAAGUUUAUACCAACAUAGCUUUUUAUGUUAACUUAAUGCUAUUUAUAAAUAUCAAUAAUAUUAAUUGUUUGAUGUA